AUGUGGAACGUGUAUGCCUCCUCCGUGAGCGCCUUGGCGGGCCGUUCGGUGCUCAUGGCGCACCUGCGGCCUGUGAGCAGCAGCCGCAUCGCGCUUUGUGGCGCGUCUGCGCCCACCCAGUCGUACGAGAAGCUCAAAGCCCUCCUUCGAGAGGUCGACGCGCUGAGCGAGAUCCAAGGGAUUCUCGGCUACGACGAGCAGGUCUUCAUGCCUCCCGGGGCGGCUGCUUCGCGCGCCAAGCAGAAAGGGGCUCUCGCAAAGAUCCUCCACGACAAGUCGACUGGCACCGAGAUGAGGGAGGCGAUCGACGGCGUGCGCGGCCGCGAGGAAGACUUCGACGACGUCCGGAAGGAGGCGCAGCUCGAGUCGGAGGCGAACCAGGCGUGGGCGGCGGCGCGCAAGGCGUCGGACUUCUCGCUCUUCGCGGGCAAGCUGACCGAGAUCUUCGAGCUCAAGAAGGAGGUCGCGGCAGUCACGCGGCCGGCUCUCAAGAGCGAGCCGUACGACGGCGCGCUCGACGCGUUUGAGCGCGGCAUGCGCGCAGAGCGCCUCGACGAGAUCUUCGAGGAGCUUCGCGCGGGCCUGGUGCCGCUGCUCGAGGCGAUCAACGCCAAGAAGGCCUCCGACCCGUCGGUCGACGCGCCGCACCCGUCGCUCGCGUUUGGCGACCAGUGGGACACCGAGGCGCAGGCGGCGCUCUCCCGCGACGUUGCGGCGAAGAUGGGCUACUCGUUCGACACCGGCCGGCUCGACGUGUCGACCCACCCAUUCACCGGCGGCGCGGGCCCGCGGGACGUGCGCAUGACGACGCGAUACUCGGCCAACUGGGCGGAGGGCUUCGGCGCGACCAUCCACAAGAGAGAAGUAGGCGCGACGAUCCACGAGUGCGGCCACGCGCUGUACGAGCAGGGGAGGGACGUGGGGGAGGAGGGCCUGGGGCUGCCCGCCUCGCGGGCGCUCUCCAUGGGCGUGCACGAGUCGCAGUCGCUGCUGUGGGAGCGGAUGGUGCUGCAGUCCAAGCCGUUCUGGGAGUUCGCGGCGCCCCUCUUCCACGCGCGCUUCCCGUUCACCGCCGAGGCGACGGCGGCCGACUUCUUCCGCACGUACAACCGCGUGUCGCCCGGCUGCAUCCGCGUCGAGGCGGACGAGGUCACGUACCCUCUGCACGUGAUCCUGAGGUACGACAUCGAGCGCGCGCUCUUCCGCGGCGAGAUGGAGGUUGCGGAGGUGCCGGCCUACUGGGUGAGGCGCAUGAAGGAGGACCUGGGCGUACACGUGCCCGACGAUGCGCGCGGCUGCCUGCAGGACAUCCACUGGUCCUUUGGCGCGGUCGGCUACUUCCCGUCGUACACGCUCGGCGCGAUCAUGGCGGUGCAGAUCUACAACGCCGCCAAGGCCGACCUCGGCGCGGGCGCGCUCGAGGCGCAGAUUGCCCGGGGCGAGUUCGGCACGCUGCGCGAGUGGCUCCGCGAGAAGGUGCACGCAGUGGGGUCGGUGCAUGCAUCCCCCGACGCGUUGCUUACAAGCAUCGCCGGAGAGCCCGUCUCGCCCAAGCCGUUCCUGGACUACCUCCGAGCAAAGUACAGCGAGCUUUACAGGCUCGAAGAAUAGCCGGCGCGAGCGGUCCACCACAGGCCACUCGAGCUCCACAGCUGCAGGCCACUCGUAUUAUAAUCUCACUCAAAAUUAUA